ACCCAGGGGCGCGACCCGAAAGCCCUCCUCCCCUCAGCGGCUGGCGUCAGGCUGAGCCAGGCGGAACCCAGGCCAGCGGUGGCGUUUCUGGCGGGCAGCGUAAGGCUGGGGUCCCUGGAGUCGGCCGCCUACGGGCGCCCCGCACGGGCUGCGUCCCGCCAUGAAGUUUCGGGCUAAGCUCGUGGAUGCGGCCUGUCUGAACAACUUCACGCGAGUUAGUAACAUGAUAGCCAAGCUUGCCAAAACCUGCACUCUGCGUAUCAGCCCGGAUAAGUUGAAUUUCAUCCUCUCUGACAAGGUGGCCAAUGGAGGGGUGAGCAUGUGGUGUGAACUGGAGCAGGAGAACUUCUUCAGCGAAUUUCAAAUGGAAGGUGUCUCCGCAGAAAACAAUGCGAUUUAUUUAGAGCUAACAUCGGAAAAUUUAUCUCGAGCCUUGAAAACUGCCCAGAAUGCCCGAGUCUUGAAGAUCAAGCUGACUAAUAAACACUUUCCCUGCCUCACAGUUUCUAUAGAGCUGUUAUCCGUGUCAAGCAGUAGUCGUGUUGUGACACAUGACAUCCCUGUAAAGGUUAUUCCUCGAAAACUGUGGAAGGACUUACAAGAACCGACGGUCCCGGACGCUGACGUUAGUAUUUAUUUACCAGUCUUGAAGACUAUGAAGAGCAUUGUGGAGAAGAUGAAAAACAUCAGCAAUCACCUUAUUAUUGAAGCAAACCUAAAUGGAGAAUUGAACUUGAAAAUAGAAACUGAACUAGUAUGUGUUACAACUCAUUUUAAAGAUCUUGGAAAUCCUCCAUUAGCUUCUGAAAAUGCUUCUCAAGAUAGAAACUCAGAGCAAAUGGCUGAAGUGCACAUAGACAUUAGGAAGCUCCUACAGUUCCUUGCUGGACAACAAGUAAAUCCUACAAAGGCCACAUGCAAUAUUGUGAAGAACAAGAUUGUUCAUUUUGACCUGCUCCAUGAAGACGUCUCCCUGCAGUAUUUCAUCCCAGCGUUGUCGUAACCCCACCUAUGGGAUCGGGGAGCUCAGGGACUUUGGUCUGGACCUGAAGAGGCCGUAGGGCGAUGUGUUCUAAGUCAUUUGUCUCUGUCCCAACAGCAGUGAAAUCCUAUGUAUUUUUACUUUUUUUCCCCUUCUAUAAUAUUUUAACUAGAAAUUGAAUUAAUGAAUUAAUGAAACACAGUUGGAUAAACAUUUCUUCAUAUUAUUUCUUUAUUAUGUCUGCUUUGUUUUGCCUUUAAGACGUUGAAAACAAAAGUUAAAAUUUAUUUAUUCAUACUUUAAACUUUCUUAUUAAAGUUGUAAAAAUCC